UCGAAAAAUGUAGCCUAUCAGUAAAAAGAGAGUGUCAACGUGUCGUCGAGAAUUGUAUCUAAUAAAAGUUCCAAAAAAAUGAAAGUCAUCGUCAAUAUCCUCCUCGUCUCUUCAGUCGUUUAUGUCUAUGGCGCUCCUUUCGACAAAUCGGAAUGGCUUUCCGCGAUCAGAAAGCUCAAAAGAGAACGAAACAUCGAGGAAGAGAAUCCACUCACAUGGCUGCGCAAUUCGAAUACAGAAAAGAGUGCGUCGAACUCUGACUAUCUGCAAUGGCUUCUUCGAAACUCGAAACAUCGUGACGUGAAACACAGCAAUAAAAAGCAUGAAAAACAUUCCAUUCCCUUAAACCUACUACAUACAAAAAACAAGUCUGAUUCAUCGGACAAAUCCAAUUCCGAGCAAAGCGAACUGAUCUUAUUUAGGAAGAAGGACACCCGACAGAAAAAUUCAAACGAGGAAGAAUCUGUGGAAAAAAAGUCUGGUGAACUGCGUAUUCGUAAAAGGAACUCUGACGAAGAAUAUUCUCGCGAACAAGACUCUCAUAAGCGGAAAUCUGAUGGAAAUCGUCGUCGUAAAAAGGAUCGUCUUGAAAAAAGUUCUGCCGAAUCGUGGAGUUUAACGGAUGAAAGCGAUUCCUCCGACUCGAGUUCUGACAAUUCCUCUGAUAAAUCUAAUAAGAAACACCAGAAACGCCGUGAAUCUAAUUCCAUAGAUAGAAAAAAGAAAGAUGAUUCGCAGGGAAAUGACGGUGAUAAAAGUUCAAGUUCCAGUUCUUCGUCAGAGUCUAGCAGCGAUUCAUCUUCUAGCGAAGAAGAUUUCGAGGAAUAUUUAAAAAAAUCAUUGAAUAAAAAGAAGAACUACAAAGAAAUAAAAGAUAUACUUAAACAUUAUAAAACGAACGUUCAAUACGGGAAACUGUACGAAUGGAACAGACGUAGGUAUUUGGAAUGGAAGAGAAAGAUAGACUUGAAGAAGAAAAUAAUAAAAGCAAAGAAAAAUUUACAUACAGAUAAAUUAAUGAGCAUUUGUAAUAUAUUAGAAGAUAGCGAUCAGCAUGAAGAUCAAAUAAGGAAAUGUGUAAGAGAUUAUUUGUCUACGAAAGAUGAAUUUAUUUUUGUAACAGAUCUAUCGUUGAUUCGUCUCCUGUCGUCUGACGAGAAUAAAGUUAAUAAGUCUGUAGAGAUAGAAAAUGAAAGUGGUUUUGAAAUAAAUGUUUUAAUCGAAGGUAACUCACAACCUGGUGAAGACUCGAAACAAGCUAAAACUGUGAUCAAAACGAUUGAUAAAGUAAUCAAUGGCGAUGGACUUUGGAAAGAAACAGAAACUGUCAAUGUAACGGACGAUGAAGAAGCAGCUGUUGACGGAGACAAUGGUUCCGAUAAGGAAGAAAAAUUACCCGGUAAAGACAAGACAAACACAGCUGAAGCAACUGGUAACGGACAAGCAACAAACUCUACUGUUCGACAACAUAAAGUUAUUUCAGCGGGUGGACAGGAAGUAGUGAUAGAAUCUGGUUCAAACUCAGGAUCAGUUGUAGUUGAAGGAGGAAUCAGGAUUUCGGGCAACACCGAGACAGGAAACGCAAACGCUGGAAAUUCCGAGGAUGCUGCGAACGAAUCAGCGGACUCAAACGUUCACGAAUCUGCAACAUCAAAAUCCCAAAAGACAACUUCUCAAUCAGCUUCACAAAGCGAAGUUUCUAGAGAAUCAGAAAAUCAACGUACAACUGAACCUUCCAGUUCUAAAUCAAAAACAGCUAUUAAUGACGCUCCAUCCGGCAAUGAUCGUGCCACGAUUAGACCAAAUAACUCUUUAGGUGAAAGUUCAUCAGCUAGCGGUGGUGCCAGCGGAUCAGAGGAUUCGAAUAUUAACGAAUCAUCAACUGUAGCAUCAUCUCGACAAACAACUUCAGGGGCUCGACAAACAGAGUCACGAGGUCAACAAACAACUUCUCAAUUACCUUCACAAACUGGAGCAUCCAGGAUCUCAGAAAACGAGCAGACAACUGAAGCCUCUAGCUCCAAAUCUGAAACAGUUGUCAGUGAUAAUUCAUCCAGCAAUGAUAAUAAUACGGAUAAACCAAACGACGCUUCGAGUAAGAGCUCAGCGCCCGGCAGUGACACGAGUGAAUCGAGAAAAUCGACUUCGCAAACUGGACCGCCGUCUGAAGCAUCAAACAACGCUUCAAACGAAGAAUCUACCACUGAUGCUGGCGAAUCGGGAGAUUCGAAUGUUAGUCGAUCAGCGGCAUCGGGUGAAGUAACAUCGGUAUCUCGAACAAAAGAUUCUGAAGUAACACGAAGACAACAGGCUAUUGAAUCGUCGACUGUCAAACCAGUUAACAAUGGCAGCGUUACAGCCGAAACAGGCAACGGUGUGGAUAACGGUGAAACAUCCACCGAUACCAACAAACAGACAGAUGUUAGUGUUAGCGAGUCUAGUACAUUGAGGAAUGAAGAAAUACGAACGUCUACGACUUCACGUACCAAGUCAGAAGCUACUACUACCAAUGGCAGCGUCAAUGUUUCGAGUAACGUAGAUGACAGUGGUAAACCUACCGACAGUGCAGAUGCACAAACAGAUUCAAAUACCAAUGAAUCUUCAACAUCGAAGGCUGAGGAAACGACAUCGCCUGCUCCUCAAUCAGAAAAUUCUGGACAGACAAAUGAAGCAUCGACUUUGAAGCCGAAAGCUACUCCCAGCGAUGAUAGUGCUGGUGUAUCGAAUAACGUAGAUGUUACGACUGAUACAAACGAUGUUUCAAGUAAUAGUGGAAGAUCCACCGGCAGUAAGGGCGAUCAUGCUGCAGCGUCGAAUGACGAGCAAACAGCAUCAUCUUGGCAACCUGAAACUUCUAAUGUUACAGAUGGACAGCAGGAGAUCGAAACACCAAAUCAGGAGUCGGAAACAACUCGUGUAAUUACCAAUGGUGAUGAAACGAGUACAAACAGUUCCAAUGAGCAAACGAAACCAAGUGCCAGCGAGUCUUCGACGUCAGAUACAGAAGCAGCUUCCGUUUCUCAAGCUGAAGAAAGUUCUAGCGCGACGCAAACAGUACAGGUGACUGAAGCAUGGAACUCCGAUUCAGAAACGACGAGUAAUGCGGAAAAUACAAAUAACGCAAAGGGUACUUCGGACAAUAGCGGAAGAUCAACUAGCAGUUCUAAUCGACAAACAGAUUCAAACGACGAUGGAUCCAUCGCAACAGAAAGCGAAGAAACAACAGCGGCUAGUUCUCGAGCCAAUGGUUCAACUGUAACAGGAGAAAAACAAGGCAAUGAAACAUCAAGUACACAAGCGGAAACCAAUCUUAGUAACGACAGUGCCAACGCUAUUACCGUCACUGGCAAAAAUCCCAAUGUUAUCACUGUGACUGAUGACAGUGCCAAUAAAAGUUCGGACAGCGAUAAUUUAAUCGCUGGUACUAGUCGGCAAACAGAUUCAAAUGCUGAAACAAUAAAUUCGAACGAUAGUAAGUCUACUACGAGAAGCGUGCAGAGAAUAUCUCCCUCUCAAACUGACCAAUCUAUCGUAAGUGGAACAGAACGAUCGACUGAAACAGCGGAUACUCGGACAGCUUCUAUCGACGAAUCUUCUAGCGCAUUAGAUGGUUCGAACAUUACGAUUAUCGUUAUUAAUGGUACAGAGAAUGAUGGAACAUCUAUCAGCGUUGAUAGCGAAACAAAUUCUAAUAGCAGUGAAUCAGUAACCGCAAGAGGAGAGAGUGAAACUUCUACCGAUUCAGAUGGAGGACUUGCAACUGAAGAAUCGUCUUUAAAGCCAGGAACUACCCAAACUGACAAUAAGAUCGAUACAUCGAGCAACAUAGGCGAAACGACUGAAACGGAGACAACUCUAAGUAACGAAGAAACGUCUACCGAUGAAAGUAACGGGCAAACAGACUCGACCGUUACCGAAUCCACGACUGUAGAAAACGCACGAACAUCGGCAUCUUCCUCUCAAACUGAAACGUCCAGUGAUCAAUCCGAAACAGAACAGUCGGUUGAAGCGUCCGGUGCUCGAACUGAAACAGUUGCUACCGACGAACCUGCCGAUACAUCAAGCGAUUUGAUCGCUACGAUUAUUGUUAACGAUGGUACAGAUAGCGAAACAUCAACCGGUGCUGAUAGUGGAACAUCAAGGAGCACCAAUAGCGAAACGACGGAGUCCAGCGCUGAUGAAUCAACAGGUUCUACCGCUAAUGAAUCGACAACAGCAGAAGGAGAAAUAGAUACGUCUUCUCCAAGAAGCGAAGCUUCUACUGCUGCAGGUACAGAAGUUGCAACUGAAGAAUCAGCUUCGGUAUCAGAAACAACAAUAGCUGAUAGUAACGUCGAUGCAUCGAGCAGUAAUCGUGUGGUAACAGGUGAAACAGACGCUGCUGUAAGUAACGAAGAAACGUCUACCAACGAAAAUGAUGUGCAGACAGAUUCAAGUGCUACUGAAUCCACAACUUUAAAAAGCGCGCGAACAACAUUGUCUCCCUCCCAAACUGAAGAGUCUAGCGUAUCUGAAACAGGACAAUCCAAAAGAGUUCCUACUAAUAAUAGUAUCAAUGAUAUGUAUAAUAAUAGUAGCACUAGCAGUGGUAUUUUGGAAAUUAACGAAGAAUCAACGAUCAGUGUCGACGAAAUAGAUUCAAGUCCUAGCGAAGCUACAACUUCGGAAAAUACUCAAACAGAACCAUCCAUCGUCCAAGCUACCGAUACCGUUACAAAAGUAGCAUCAACAACUGAAUUGCAAACUCUGCAACUAGAAAUCAUUCUUACUGAUGUCAAUGGCACUGUAUCGGAUUCUUACAUAGUUGUACUUGAUAAAAACAGUAAUAAUACAGAUAGUAUCUUGGAUAUUAUUAAUAGAUUACCUAGCAGUAGCAGCAAACAAACAAAUUCAAAAGUUGAUAAGUCUGCUACUUUAGGAGAUGCGGAAAUAUAUAAUACACUCGCUUCAGAAGCAGUGCCAUCGGUUCAACCAAAUACCAAUGUAAAACCGGAAUCUCCUAUAGUAGGAAUAAAUUAAAAUUGAAAUGAUUAGUAGAGAUGAAGAAAUAUGUACGUCGAUACCGACGUGUAGUAAAAUUGUAUUAUUAUUCGUUAAAAGUUACUUGGGUUCUCUCGCCGAAUAAUUUACUAAUUAACAAUAUCGGUGAAUCGAUAAAGAACUAGUUACAGGUUACAGAAUUGGCUUUUAUAAUUUCAUGAUUUUACGUACAAUCAGAUAAUU